AUGGAAAAGAAAGGACAAGAUUAUAGGCAAGCGGAUACUACGGUUUCUAAUGAACCUAACGGGAUCAUAUCUCAGGAAUCCAAGCUCAUUUGUAAAAGAAACAAUACUUCCACGGUAUCUAAUUUUCUCAGUUUUGAGAUACUAGCCAUACAAAAAUCCCCAAUACUUCAGAAAGAAUUUCGUAAGGAAUCUAACCUACAGUUUUUAACGCGUUACACAGCCGACAUACGAUGGUCCAAGCUCAACUCCAUACGACAAGGGGUGGAGAAAUCAGUAGAUAAAAUGGUGCUACAAAUAGAGGAAUUACCCGAGCUCUUCUUGAUUAAGCUUGCCCAGGACCGAGAAAUAUACCUUUUUAAAGCGCUUAAAAAGGAUACAGUCAAGUGGGAUAGCGUUGUCUCGUUGGCUAAAAAGAGCUACAGCCAAGAAUCUCAAAGAGCAGUUUUCUGUCACCUUGCCCGUUAUAAAAAGACCCCCGCCACUCUAAUAGUUCAGAUGGUUACGGGCAGAAACAAAAACCCAGAAUACAGCGAUUACGAGCACCCUACAACAACCGAAACCUCGGAUUCCACCAAGUACCUUGGCAAUCAAGCCACAAUCUGGUCCGACGAGGGAGCAUACGACAGUUAUGACAUUACCUACAAUCAGUCUUACUACUUUAGAAAUGUCUCCAUCAGCCGCCCCUUUCGUACCCCAAUUGCUAUAAAGGGUACCGUCGUCCCUGCAAUCUUUGAUUCCAGAGCAAGCAAUUCGGUCAUAAUUAUAGGCCUGGCACACAGAAUUGGCUUGGUUACCAGUGGCGGUCGCCCUCCACUCCCAAGUUUGGGUGGACCAGUUAAAGAACCUUGUGAAAUCACCUUCAGCGUACCCAUCGAUAUGGCAGAAAAAUUAAGACCCGACAAUAUGUGA